AUGUGGCCCCGUGGACUCGUCGUCGGGGCGUUUUCGGCCCUCGCCCUCACAGGCAGUCAUGCUCUCAACCUUCGUCGAUGCGACACACCAUCAUCUUCUGCCAUCGAAGAUCCGGUAACCACUACUUCGGCCGAGCCCACUCCUACAGCUCCGGUCUGCUCCAACCUGGUCGGCAAUCCUAGCUUCGAAGAUGGAAACAACGAUUGGGAGUUUUACACCGCUAUCGUCACGGCGAAUGAUCCAUCUGUUGCCGUUACCGCCCAGGAUGGAGACCACUACGUGCUAAUGAAGAUUUUCCGGUGGGCUACAUGGGGCUAUGUCGCUCAAACCGUUUCCUCCAUGGAAGUCGGCAAGUCCUACAAGAUGAAAUUCCACUACGGCCUAGGUCUCGUCCAGCAGGUCAACGUGGCCGGCUGCAAGCUCUCCGUCAAGCUGAACUGGGCCAUAGUCGGCUCCGAAAUAACCCUCGCAUACCAAACGCCCGGCGAGUACCACGAGGUGGUGCGCACGCUUGUUCCGACGGUCGCAAACCCCUUGGUGCAUAUCUAUCUUGCGUGCAACGCUGCGAGCCCGGCGGACGUCGACGUCCUCUUGGACAACAUUUCCAUCGUCGAGGAUCCUUGCGUCGAGGAGCCUGCUCCCACCGAAACGCCGACUGCGCCUGCUGAGCCCGUUUGCACGAACCGCAUCGCCAAUCCCAGUUUCGAGAAUGGGGCGGACGAUUGGACUGUUCCUUAUGGCAUUAUCCAGGGUACUUCUGGCUCCAUGACCGCUCAGGACCAAAGCAAAUACUUAUACCUCACCCUGCCAAGCGGCUUUACCACGACUUUUAGCCAAGGUCUGCCCGACGUAGAAGUUGGCCAGACAUACACUCUAGGUCUUCAUUAUGCUCUCGGUUCUUUCCAGGCCUUCGUCGCCGAACAAUGCUAUUUCUCCAUCUCCCUCGACGGCGUGCAGCUGGGAGAUACGGUUUAUCCUACUCCAGGGCCUGUUUCCCAGUGGGAGCUGGUGGAGAGAACCUUUACAGUCGCGAAUUCUUCGCCCGUACUACGGGUCACGUCCUCGUGCAACCAAGGCCAGGCCGGGUUUAUGAUGGAUGGAUUCUCUCUCGUCGACUCCGCUUGUCUUUAA